CUCAAUUGACUCCUUCAGCGUCAUUAAAUUCGCCCAAUGACCCUGCCGACAUGUCGAGCGACAGCCCCGGCGGCAAGCGUAGUUUCUCGAACUGGCUGAAACCAAAAAAGUCACGCCAGACACUGCGGAAACGAGGCGCCGCGUCGUUGACGUCUGCAAGCUCCACCACCCUUGCCAGCGUUAAGACAGGUUAUCGACCUUCGUAUGAGAAAGAAGACGUGCCCCCUCUCCCUAUAGCACCGCUACAAGCCCAUCGCGAGAAAUACCAAGGGACGAACUCGCGAUUAGAUACCCAACUCGGAGAGAACCGCGAUUACACCAACAUUUUACAUGCUCUUAGUCUGCAAGAACAGUUUGAUCCAGACGACGUGAGAACGGUUCAAAAGGAUAAUCGUCCGCCAGGAGAAGCGUCAAUUGCGAGCCUUAGUCCAGAAUUGUGGUUUAGUAUAACGGAUUGUCUCGAUCCCACAACGACUGUAUGCCUGGCUCUCUCCAGCAAAACACUCUACCGCCGGCUCGGACAUCACCCGUUUACAAAAAUCGCACGGCCGGAGAAUUUUGGAUAUAAAUUGGACUUUUUGAUUUUACUCGAUCGAUGUCUGCCGCACCAUUUACUGUGCUUUCCCUGCGGGAAGUAUCAUCGCCGAUCCCAAGAGGGUCAAGAAAAGCUACAACCGGCACAAGUGCUGAAUCCAGUCUUCAGAUGCCCGAAUGAGCGGAAUACACUACGACCACAGCCACGUCAUCGAAUCGCGCAUGGCCGAAAUAUCCCUUUCGCUUUUGUGCAGCUUGCGACACGGGCUCAGCGCUUCUCGCUGCGAUAUGGGAUUUCGGCCGAGUCAUUGGGCCGCCGUUGGAGGAGCGAGGAAUGGGCAAUGUCUUCGCGGUACUAUAUAGCUGAUGGCCGGCUGCUAAUGCGGGUAACUAGCCAGCGAUUCGUAUCUCCUGCUCUUAAAAUCAGUGCGAAACGGCUGUUACUGUAUUCUAGAGAGGACUACUGGCCGUUCUUCUCCGCCUGCGCGCACUGGCGCGAUGGGGACCUGAUGGACGUGUGCAAAUGUGCGCUUGACCAUGUACCCGUACCGCGCAAUACUGCAGGACUCCAGGGCGUUGAGGGCCGGCUCAAGGACGCCAUCCGCGGACGAAACAACGAUGCUCGCGCUAUACCUAGUCAAUGCGGGCGUUGCCAGCCAAUGCGCCGCUGUCCAUUCUGUCCAACUGAAUAUCUAGUUGAAAUUAAAAUAACCGAAGAUCGACGAAAUCCGCAUUCCGUGGACUUCCGCCACGCCAUUGUGGUGACGCGAUGGAGUGACCUUGGUGACGGAACCUCUCCAUUCACAUCCAUCGAGUGGGCGGCGUGCAAUGGCGAGACUGAAGAAUACGACUCGUUCAAAAGCUUGGGGAGGCGUGCGAUAUCCGGAAUUUUCGAGUCGGCGUUCACGCACGACACGAUUCCUGGAAGACGUAUCAUUUCCAUGAAUCCGGACAAUAAGAGAGGCGGAGAAAAGCGCAAUGAUUGGUAUUGAAAGACGCUCAUUCAUUCUAAUAAUUGUAUGACUAUAACCAAAUUUAUAUAAAUUAGUUUCGUUGGGAAAGGAUUGCGUGGAUAGACUGAUUUAUAUUUACUCUAUCGAUACUAGACAAGAUCGUCUUUCUCAUUC